CCACUACAAAAUGAUUUUCUAGGGUUUAUCGUCUGUGCCAUUGAAUCGAACGCGUCCGGUUAGCGUUUUCGGCUUUUCGCAAUGGGGAGGAGACCUGCAAGGUGUUAUCGGCAAAUAAAAAACAAACCAUACCCUAAAUCACGCUAUUGCCGUGGUGUUCCUGAUCCCAAGAUCAGAAUUUAUGAUGUUGGAAUGAAGAAGAAAGGUGUUGAUGAGUUUCCUUUCUGCGUCCAUCUUGUUAGCUGGGAGAAGGAAAAUGUUUCAAGUGAAGCGCUGGAAGCUGCUAGGAUUGCUUGCAACAAAUACAUGGCCAAAUUUGCUGGAAAGGAUGCAUUCCAUUUGAGAGUCAGGGUUCAUCCAUUCCAUGUUCUUAGGAUCAACAAAAUGCUUUCAUGUGCUGGAGCUGAUAGGCUUCAAACAGGGAUGAGAGGUGCAUUUGGAAAGCCACAGGGUACAUGUGCUAGAGUUGCCAUUGGUCAGGUCCUUCUUUCUGUCCGCUGCAAGGACAGCAACAGUCAUCAUGCACAGGAAGCCCUCCGUCGUGCCAAGUUCAAGUUCCCUGGUCGCCAAAAGAUCAUAGUUAGCAGGAAAUGGGGUUUCACCAAGUUUAACCGAACAGACUAUGUGAAGUACAAGUCAGAGAACAGGAUUGUGCCAGAUGGUGUAAAUGCAAAGCUUCUUGGAUGCCAUGGACCGUUGGCUAACCGUCAAUCUGGAAGAGCUUUCCUGUCCUGCUGCAACUGCUUAGGUAGUCUGUUACAAGAAAUAGUAAUCUGGACCACAGUAGAUUUUGACAAAUUGAAUGAUUUUUUCUUUCUUUCUUUUUUUUAUGUGGAAAAAUUUGUGUUUAUUUAUGUUGCGUAUUGUACUAUACUGAGUUCAAUUGUGUUUGCGUGGGCGUCUACAAUAUAAUGAACUUUGUUGAA